UUGUCAAAGAACUUGUCAUUUCAUAUUUUAUUUACAGAGUACAUCAAAAUGGACAAGAAAAUAUUUUGUAAAUGACAUGUUUUAAAGUCGUAAUAAUGCUGAAAUCCUACAUAACUUUACAAGCUUACUGCAAUUGUGUGUCAGGAUUUGAAGGAGAUAAGAUGUCCAAUAAUCAUCUAUGUCUUUUGUUUUUCAUUAUUCUCCUUAAGAAUGUAAAUACCCAAAAAGAGAAUGAGACAGUAAUAGUAGAGCUUAACGUCUUCUCUGGACGAGCAAAUCCAGUUGCUAAAAUGUUGAAACAUCCAAUCCAUCGACUGCUAGUCUCCAAUAAUCAGUGGACACGAUCAGCAUUUCCCAAUGUAUUGGGAUACCGCGGCUUUACGAUUUACGAUCUGGAAAACGCCACAGAAACUAAAUUCGUGUCUAGAGGAGCAGAUAUAUCGGUAGAAAACCAACUUCUAGAGUGGACAGCAAUACCAAAAAAUAUCGAGUUACACUGCAGGGAAGAGAUUCGCAGGGCUUUGCUUUCCAAAAGGGCUCAUCCAAAUCAGGUUCCUGAUGUAACUUCAACAUUACGACAAAACCAGACCAAAAAAUGCGAACAGUUUACAUCAGACACAAAAUAUGAACCAUCACUGUGGAAUACCAACAGAUUAAUUCGUCGAUGGAAUAACUGUUAUAAUUACGGAAACGAUAGAAGAACAAAUACGUUUGCCCAGCCAGGAAAAGCAAAUAACUAUCGCAUCCCAACCAUGGACGGACCAUCCGUGCAGCUGGGUGCAGAGUUAGAUGGACUAAAACCCUUGGCAGCACCUACAUCAUGUCUCCCAGAGCCAGACGGAAACCUCGUUGCUUUAGUUGUAUGGCCAGGAAACGAUUACCAUUUUUACAGAUUGGAUGAAAAUGGUUUAUUUUCCCACAAACCUGGACGAACUGAGGCUAAGAAUUUAGACAAUUCUGGAAGCUUGAUAUCCGAUCCAAGAACAGCAGACAGAGGACCGUAUACAGUAUUUCAGUGCUUUAUGGAUACCGAGCCCGAUCUUGUCGUGAUAAGAUAAUUCAAAAUUGAGUUUUUCAUGCAAUGCGAGUUUCUCUGAAAUUUGCUUUCAAAAUUUGGAUUGUUCUUUUGAAAACCACGAUAAAGACUCUUUUCGUGACCAUU